ACACACUGAAUGUGUAAACAAGUGUGUUUGCGGCUAUGAGAUCAGUAGAGAAAAUAAAGAGAGAGCGAAAGAGACAUUGGGGAAGGGAGGAGUAAAGAAAAAGAGUCAAAGUGAUAGAGACAGAGACAGAAGGGGUGAGAGAGAGAGAGAGAGAGAGAGAGAGAGACAGAGGGAAGCGAGUGCAUUUAAUGUUUGCGCGCGACAGUGUCGAACUAGAGAAAGUCAGAGGGAUUGAGACAGACGGAAGAGCUCUCUCUCUCUCUCUCUCUCUCUCGCAGAUGAAGCUGAUCAUCUAAAGGCAGCAGGGUACAUGUGCAGCGGGCUCGCGGGAUGCAGCAUCGCAAAAACCGACGCUAAUCCGCGCGCGCUGAUGCGGGAUCCAGUGGUGAGCGGGGGCGCGCGCUGAUCACGGAACAGAAUGCACAGAGUCUCCCCCCCACGUGCUGCAGGCGGAUGUGAGCGUUAAAGAGCGAGCUGCGGGGCCGAGGACACAGGAGCAGCGCGAACUGGAAGCGAUGCUGCGUUAAGUUAAGGCGCUGUGACUUAAAGUGCCAAUGGGGAUUGAGGACCUGAGCAUGAGGAAUGGCCGGGCGCUGUCCGACCAGUGGGCGGACGGUGUGGUGGUACGACCCCGGACCACUGAACAGCACAUCACUGUGCACAAGAGACUUGUGCUUGCUUUCGCUAUCUCCAUCCUCACACUCAUCAUUGUGACAGCCAUUGCCGUGAUGCUGGGUGUUCGCUUUGAGAAAUGCAGCGGUGGCAGUGAGAGAGUAGUUCUACCUGCUACUGGGUCUAAUCAGUCACGAGACGGAAAUUCUGAGCAUAAAGGGGAAGACACGCAGCCGUGGCGGCAUUCACGCCUACCGGCUACGCUACGCCCACGCCACUAUGACCUCCAGCUCUCUGUGUACAUGGACAAUUAUACCUUCUCUGGCAAGGUGAGCAUCGAGUUUGAAUGUGUGAACGCUACCAAGUUCAUCGUGCUGCAUGCGGACAGGCUGGAUGUGGAUAAGGUGGCUGUCUACUCAGACAGUAAAAAAUCAGGUGCAAUGAGGAUCCACCGUCACUUCCACUACGCUCCCAACCAGGUCUAUGUCAUCACUUUGCACCGAGAAAUGAAGCCACUCAGAACAUACAAGAUCAACAUCACAUUUGAAGCUCAAAUCGAAAACGAACUGUUGGGCUUCUUUCGCAGCUCGUACAUGCUGCAUGGAGAGAAAAGGUAUCUUGCUGUGACCCAGUUCUCACCGACUCAUGCGAGGAAGGCUUUCCCGUGUUUCGAUGAGCCAAUCUACAAAGCCACCUUUAUUGUGAGACUUAGGCAUGAUGCCUCUUACCAGUCCCUCUCUAACAUGCCCAUUGAGGCAUCCAGCCUUGAUGAGGAUGGUUGGAUCACCAAUCACUUUUACAGGACGCCUCGCAUGUCCACUUACUAUCUGGCCUGGGCAGUUUGCAACUUCACCUACCGAGAGGCGAUCACAGAUAGUGGAGUUGUGAUCCGGCUGUACGCUCGACCUGAUGCCAUUCAGAGCGGAUCAGGAGACUACGCCCUGCAGAUCACCAAAAGGCUUCUCAACUUCUACCAGAAUUAUUUCAAAGUUAAAUACUCCCUGCCCAAACUAGAUCUUCUUGCUGUGCCAAAACAUCCAUAUGCGGCGAUGGAGAACUGGGGUCUUAGUGUAUUUGUUGAGCAGAAGAUUUUACUGGAUCCAGAAGUCUCAUCGUUCUCCUACCAGAUGGAGCUCACCAUGGUGGUAGUGCAUGAGAUCUGCCACCAGUGGUUUGGAGAUCUGGUCACUCCGGUGUGGUGGGAAGACGUGUGGCUCAAAGAAGGAUUCGCUCAUUUCUUCGAGUAUGUUGGGACUGACUUCCUCUUCCCAAAGUGGAAUAUGGAGAAACAGAGAUUCCUGACUGAUGUUCUUCAUGAGGUGAUGCUACUGGAUGGUUUGGCAAGUUCUCAUCCCAUCUCUCAGGAGGUUUUCGAAGCUGCUGAUAUUGAUCGAGUUUUCGACUGGAUUGCUUACAAAAAGGGAGCUGCACUGAUCCGCAUGUUGGCGAAUGUCAUGGGACAAGCUGUAUUCCAGAAAGGCAUCAAUGACUACUUAAUGACGCACAUGUACGGAAAUGCAGCAAGGGAUGACUUGUGGAACAAGUUUUCAGAGGCCAUGCAGAGUGAAGGGAAAGACAUCAACAUAAAGGAAGUGAUGGAUGGGUGGACUCUCCAAAUGGGCUAUCCCGUGGUCACCAUCAGCAAAAACGAGAGCCUGGACGACAUGGUUACCAUCAACCAGGAACACUUCAUCUAUGACAUGGAAGCCAAGAUCCGCAACCCAGAUUUUUUCAACAAUAGUUUCCAGUGGCAGAUCCCAUUGACCCUAGCAGUGGGAAACACCAGUCACAUAUCAGCCGAGACGGUCAUAUGGGUCUCUAAAAAGACAGAGACACACCGGGUGGGCCACAUAGAUGAGAAGACGUGGUUGCUGGGAAACAUCAAUCAAACAGGCUAUUUCAGGGUGAACUAUGACCUUCACAACUGGAGGCUCCUUAUCCAGCAGCUGAUGAUCAACCCUACAAUCAUCUCUGUAGGCAAUCGUGCAGGCCUGAUUGACGAUGUCUUCAACCUGGCCAGGGCCGGCUAUCUCCCACAGAGCAUCCCUCUGCAGAUCAUCUGUUACCUGUCUGAGGAGGAUGAGUUUCUGCCCUGGCAUGCUGCCAGCCGUGCGCUGUACCAGCUCGACAAGCUGCUUGACCGCACCAAGGACUACAGCAUCUUUAGUAGCUAUGUGUUGAGGCAGGUUGAGCUGAAGUAUCAUAAGCUGGGCUGGCCAAGUGUGAAUGCAGACGGCUCCUUCCUGCAGGCCACCUAUCAGACUGAAGAGCUGCAAAGGGCGGUGAUUAUGUUGGCCUGCAGUUUUGGGAAUAAACACUGCCACCGGCAGGCUGUGUCCCUUGUGUCCGAGUGGAUAUCGAGUAACAAGAACAGGAUUCCCCCAAAUGUAAGGGACAUUGUCUACUGCACGGGCGUCUCUCUAAUGGAUGAAGAUGUAUGGGAGUUUAUUUGGAUGAAGUUCCACUCCUCUAUGGCCAUCUCAGAGAAGAAGGUCCUGCUGGAGGCCCUAACCUGUAGUGACAGCACUUACCUACUAAACAGACUGCUCAACUUGUCUUUAAGCUCAGAUCUGGUGCCAGAUCAAGAUGUGAUCGACAUCAUCAUCCACGUUGGCCGCAACCCGCAUGGACGGCGUUUGGCAUGGAGGUAUUUCAGAGAAAAGUGGGACAUAUUAAACUCCAGGUAUGGUGAGGCUUUAUUUAUGAACUCUAAAUUAAUCAGUGGUGUGACAGAGUUUCUCAACACGGAGAGCGAACUCAAUGAGCUGAAGGAUUUCAUCCAGAUGAGCAGUGGAGGAGCAGUGUCUGCAUUCACUCGAGCAUUGGAGAUUGUCAAGGCCAAUGUGAAAUGGCACAAUCUUUACAAGGAGCAGUUCUUCCAGUGGCUGAGGAAAUCACCCAAUGACUAAUAAUUCACUAUGUUCAUUAUCUUUUAGCAUGGAGUCUCUAUCAAACAUUUAUAGACCAUUAGCCAUGGGAGAAGAAAAAAAGAACAAUAAAAUAUCAUUUUUGGACCCUGAUAAUCUUUUGUUUUUCCUGAUAGAGAAAAGGCCAGGCAAAGUGAAAGUGAAAAUGAACAUGGAAUAAGUCACAUAUGUGUUGCUGCAAACAGAAUCAAUGUUAAAUGUUGCCUGGUGGUGUACAUCUCAAGUGACAUUCCUUUUUUUUUCUGAAUAUCCUUCAAAUCUUCAUACUUGUUUCAUGCAUGAAUACAAUUUCGUCCCUUCUAUGAUCCAAUUUUCAAAGUUCAGACCUGAGUCCUGGGAUGCUCAGGUCAGCUGUCAGCAUUUUGUGGACUGCAAAUUGAUUCUAAUCCGAAUGUAGAUAAGCACAAAAUCAGCCAGCCUGACAAUCAGUGAUUCAACUAAAAUGGUCCAAAGAAAGGAAUAAAAGUUGGUGUUUGUUCCCUUUCUUCAAGCCAUAGGAAGAAGGACAGAGAAGAUCCGGGCAGCAGUCCUUAUUGGUGUAUCGAAUGAUUGUGUGUGUUUCGGAUGUAUUGUAUGUUAGUACUUGUUUUCUUCACACAAGGCCUCACCUUGUAUAUCUAGUGUAAAUGCUAAGUGGAAAGUAAUCACUGUGUCGAUAUUUUCAUAUUCAGUAGUUUCUUACCCAGGAAACACUGAGAAGAAGAGCUGUAAAGGUGUAUUGGAAAUCAGACUUUUACAAGUUGUAGUAUUAGUAGGAAUAUGCUAUAAAUUUCAAUGUCAGCCCAAAUCCCUGAUUUCUGCUCAAUUGAAAAUCACAUGCUAACAUGAUGCAUAUGUUUCCAAUGAGCUAGAUUUACUAUUAAAAUAUCAGUUGUGUAAGCAGAGGAUACAGACUCAAAUAUAAUUUGGAUAUAUACAGUACCGUGUUGCCAGUUAAAUCAGUAAAAAUGUACCAUAUAGGUGCACAAUUUGAAAGUGUAUCAUUAUUGACUGGAGGUCAUUUGAGCUAUACACAGUUUGUCAUCCUUCUUCUACCCUGUUUAUCGAUGUACCACCAAAUAAGAAACAUAUUUUAUCAGAUAUAAUUUGGAUGGUGAAUUCUCAGCACGGUAGUGGUACUGGAAUGGUAAUGUGUGGUGAUGGUAGUGCAUUAGACACAAAGGCCUAAAUGUUACUGGUGGGUUGAGAACAGUCCACCACCCAAAAACCACCAUCCAACCCAUCACUAAAUAAAGGAAUUACAUUUAUUCUCAUUUUCAAGCAAUGUCUUCUCAGAGCUUUGAGUUUAUAGACGUGUUUAGGAAAUUGUCUGCAUGAUGAAUUCCUUGUCAGGAAGUAUGGCUUCACACAAGGGAAUAUACUCAAGCUCAAACAACUGGAAUGAAGCUGAACAGAAAGGAUUCUAUUCUAGUACUGACUGGUUUUGGUAAAAAACAAAACAAAAUAAAAAACAAAUUUUGUCAAACAAAAAGUUUGUUUGACAAACAAAGACAAAGACAAAAAAAAAAACAAAGUUUCCAUUGUUUAUAAUGCAAAUAAAAAAAACAGAGUGAUGUUACUGACUGAAAACAGUAAGCAGCUGUUGUGGACUGAUCUGUAUCAGUUGUAAAGAUAUAAGUGUUAGGACCUACUUGUGUACAAAUCUAACUAAACAUUAUGGUGAGAUAUGUGAACAGUUAGAAACAGUAAGAAAAUUAAGGUUUAUGGUAAAUAAGGUACUAUAUUAAUGAAGUGAUCCCACCUUUGCCAUGUGUGUGUGCAUGUUCUCCCCAUGCCUCAGAGGUUUCCUCUGGGUUCUCUGGUUUUCUCCUCACAUCCAAAGACAUGCGUUGUAGGCUGAUUGCCAUCUCUAAAUUGUGAGUUUGUGUGCAAUUGCGCCCACGAUGUACCCUGGUUGUACCCUGCCUUGUGCCUCCUGGAACAGGCUCCAGCUUCCCCGCAACCCAGUAGGAUAAACGGUGUAGAGAACGGAUGGAUGGAUGGAUUAACUGAGUGAUAUUAAAUAGAUAUUUUAUUUUUAUCCGCUGUUGUUUUCCAGACAGCUAAACUCUAAUGCUAAGCUCUGCCUACACUAUGUGCUGCACUUGACAUUGCCAUCCAUUUCAGAUUCAUGCCAGCGUAAAGUUUUUUGUUUUUUUUUUCAACACGAGGAAGAAUAUGCUAAACUCCCAGCACACAUCUCAAUCAGUUUUCCCCAACGUCUGCUUGAGUUCGAAACUCUAUAAAAAACAAAAACCCAGCAAAAACAAAUAAAAAAUAAACAAUGAUAUCUCUGAUAUUUCUGAUAUCUCAGAGUUCUGCAUGCUCAGCCUGCAGCUUUCACUUGGAGUGGCCUUGAGAAGUGUACUUCAGUAAUACAUGUGGAGUUUGUAAACAUUGUAGUGCAUAAAGUUUCCUAAUAAACAGGCAAUUUCUGA